AGCUGUUCCAAGCUCUUUCAGUGAUCUCGAACCUCCUCAGCUCACUCGUAGCUUCCUACACCUUGUGCUUGCUCUCACUCCCACCAUCACCAUGACAGAAGCCGGGGACACGCUCACCAAGAUCGACUCGCUCGACCUCGAGCACCAGGAACUCAAGAAGGGCCACCGCAGACGUAGCUCUCUCGCUCCUGAUGUUUACGCAAUUGAAGACUUAGAGAAGGAGAACGUAGAGCUCAAGAUCUCAAUUGAGACGCAGAAACUUGGAUGGAAACUGAACAAGUCGUCUAUGACAGUCGAUGACCCAGCAGUCCUGAAGCUGCCACUCACCGAGCCCAAGGUCAAGAAGAUCACUCUCCACUUCCCACUCGGACUCGAGGUCGUUGCAAGAAACCUCAAGGGUGUUACUAUCAAGGACGCGUUAGACGCCAUCCACAAGCAGUUCAAGAAGCGGGCAGAUGACGAGUUCGAGAAGCCCUACCUAGCUGGCUUCGAGUGGGAUCGCGAAGAUUGCUACACGCGCUUCAUAGUCCACCAGUCUGCCGUGCCGACAUCCUCCAUGUCUAGCGGCGGCAACUCUUCCAAGAAGAAGAAGAAGGCUGCAAAGGAGGGUGCUGACGAGUAAUGAACAACUCGCCCCCCUUCCCUGACUUCGACUUCACACACAGCCUCGAUCAUGUCUCUAUGCUUCCGCAUGAGUUUUAUGAGGGGUAUACGAUAUGCACUCGAGUGCUGGUCAAUCUCCACAUCGAUUUGGGAAGAGCGCGCUUGUCUACUGCGAAUGGCACGGCUGGUGUACUGCACGCCUGAGA